GAAAGUUCCAUUCUAAGAGGCCCCUGAGCAUUGUCAUUUCCCUCUUCCACCCUGUCUGGGUUAUCAGUAAACCCAAAAGGCCCUGUGAGGCCACACUUGGGUCCUCCUGUGUGGGUAAGAUGAAGAAUUCCCGCAUCAUCAUAACGAGGCUUCUUCUGCUGUCUGGAACUUUUCUCUUUGAGCCAGCCUCCAGCUACAAUCUGGAUGUGAAGGAGGCCCAGAACUUCUCCUUCCCUCAUGCCGGGAGACACUUUGGGUACCGCGUCCUGCAGGUUGGAAAUGGGGUUGUUGUGGGAGCCCCAGGUGAGGGGAACAACACAGGAAACCUCUAUCAGUGUGAGCUCCGCAAUGGAAUCUGCCGGCCAGUCAGCCUGGGUGGUUUCAACUAUACUUCCAAAUAUUUGGGAAUGACCUUGGCAACAGACCCCAUAGACGGAAGCAUUUUGGCCUGUGACCCUGGACUGUCUCGGACAUGUGACCAGAAUACCUAUUUGAGUGGUUUGUGUUACCUCUUUCCCCAGAAUCUGGGGGGACCUGUGCUUCAAGGACAUCCUGGUUAUCAGGAAUGUAUAAAGGGCAAUGUUGACCUCGUAUUUCUGUUUGAUGGCUCAAUGAGUUUGCAGCAAGAUGAAUUUCAGAAAAUUGUGGACUUCAUGAAGGAUGUGAUGAGAAAACUCAGCAAUUCUUCUUACCAGUUUGCUGCCGUUCAGUUUUCCUCAACUUACAAAACAGAAUUUAACUUCUUGGAUUACGUUAAAUCAAAGGACCCUGAUGUUCUGCUAGCCAAAGUCAAGCACAUGCGCUUGUUGACCAACACCUUUGGGGCUAUCAACUAUGUUGCGAAAGAGGUGUUCCGGGAAGAACUGGGGGCCCGGAGAGAUGCCACCAAAGUGCUCAUCAUCAUCACAGAUGGGGAGGCCACUGACACUGGCAAUGUCGACAUGGCCAAAAACAUCAUCCGCUACAUCAUUGGGAUUGGAAAGCAUUUUAAGAACACGCACAGUCAGCAGCAACUCCACCAAUUUGCCUCAAAACCCACAGAGGACUUUGUAAAGAUCCUGGACACAUUUGAGAAGCUCAAAGAUCUGUUCACUGAGCUACAAAAGAAGAUCUAUGUCAUCGAGGGAACAAGCAAACAGGACCUGGCAUCCUUCAACAUGGAGCUGUCCUCCAGCGGGAUCAGUGCAGCUCUCUGCAAGGGCCAUGCUGUUGUGGGGGCAGUUGGAGCCAAGGACUGGACUGGGGGCUUUGUAGACCUGAAUGAAAACCUACAGGAUCGGGCAUUUGUUGGGAGUGAGCAGCAAACCCCAGAAGUGAGAGCAGGCUACUUGGGUUACACAGUGACCUGGCUGCCUUUCCAGGGGUCUGUGUCCCUGGUGGCAGCUGGAGCCCCCCGAUACCAGCACGUGGGCCAAGUGUUGCUGUUCCAAGAACUGAAGGAUACAGGACACUGGACACAGAUCCAGAAAAUAGAAGGGACUCAGAUUGGCUCUUAUUUUGGUGGGGAGCUGUGCGGCAUUGACAUAGAUCAAGACGGGGAGACAGAGCUGCUGCUGAUUGGAGCCCCUCUGUUCUAUGGAGAGCAAAGAGGUGGCCGAGUGUUUAUCUACCAGAGAAAACAGCUGGGGUUCAAGGCUGUCUCAGAACUGCAGGGGCUUCCUGGCUACCCCCUGGGGCAGUUUGGAGCUGCCAUCGCUGCCCUGAGAGACAUCAACGGGGAUGGCCUGAUGGAUGUGGCUGUGGGAGCGCCCCUGGAGGAGCAGGGGGCUGUGUACAUCUUCAACGGGCAGCCUGGGGGGCUCAGACCCCAGCCGAGUCAGAGGAUAGAAGGGACCCAGGUGUUGUCAGGAAUCCAGUGGUUUGGACGCUCCAUCCAUGGGGUGAAGGACCUUGACGGAGAUGGCCUAACAGAUGUCGUUGUGGGGGCUGAAGGUCAGAUGAUUGUGCUGAGGUCCCGGCCUGUGGUAGAUGUUAUCACUCGAAUGUCCUUCUUCCCACUGGAGAUUCCAGUGCAUGAGGUUGAGUGCUCCUACUCAGCCAGUCCCCGGAAGAAGGAAGGAGUUAACCUCACAGUCUGUUUCCAACUCAAGAGUCUCACCCGCCAGUUCCAAGGUCGCUUGGUUACCAACCUCACCUACACUCUGCAGCUGGAUGGCCAUCGGAGCAGGAGCCGGGGCCUGUUCCCAGGAGGGAGGCCCGAACUCACCAGCACUACAGGUGUCUCACAAGAUGAAUCCUGUAAGAAGUUCUGGUUUCACUUCCCGGUCUGCAUUCAAGACCUUAUCUCCCCCAUCAACAUUUCCUUGAACUUCUCUCUUUGGGAGAAAGAAGAAACAAUGCAGAACAAAGACAUGGAGAACCCAGACAUGUGGCCCGUGCUGAGACCCUCCCCACACUCAGAGACCAAGGAGAUCCCUUUUGAGAAGAACUGCGGGGAGGACAAGAAGUGUGAAGCUGACCUAAAGCUGUCCUUCUCUCCUGCCAGGUCCAGAGAGCUGCAUCUGAUCCCUUCUUCUAGCCUUGCUAUGGAGUGGACACUGAGCAACUCAGGAGAAGAUGCUUACUGGGUCCAGCUGAGCCUGAGCUUCCCCCGGGGCCUGUCAUUCCGAAAAGUGGAGAUGCUGAGGCCUCACAGCCAGAUGCCUGUGAGCUGCGAAGAGCUCCCAGAGGAGCCCAAGCUGCUGACCAAAAACCUCUUGUGCAAUGUGAGCUCACCAAUCUUCAAAGCAGGCACCUUGGUUGGCAUCCAGGUGAUGUUUAACACACUGAUGAACAGCUCCUGGGGGGACUUUGUGGAGCUGAACACCACUGUGCGCUGUGAGAAUGAGAAUGCAAGUCUCCUGGAGGACAACUCAGCCACCACCAGCGUCCCUGUCCUGUAUCCCAUCAACGUCCUCAUAGAGGACCAGGAAAACUCUACAGUCUACAUCAGUUUCACCCCAAAAGGUCCCAAGAUCCACCAGAUCAAGCACAUCUAUCAGGUGAGGAUUCAGCCUUCUGUCCAUGACCACAACAUGCCAAUGUUGGAGGCUGUGGUCAAGGUGCCCCAGCCUCUCAGCAAACAGCCCUUGACACACAGAUGGAGCGUGCAGAUGGAGCCUCACAUCACCUGCCAUCGUGAGGACCUGAGGCACCCCGCCAAUGCCACCGAGCCUUGUCUUCCUGGAGCCGAGAUCCACUGCCCACUUGUCUUCAGGCAGGAGAUCCUCAUCCAAGUGACAGCAACUGUGGAGCUGGUGGGAGACAUUGAGGCCUCCUACAUGGUCAGUCUCUGCAGCUCCCUCUCAGUCUCCUUCAACAGCAGCAGACAUUUCCAUCUGUAUGGCAGCAAUGCCUCCCUGGCCCAGAUCCUCACGAAGGUCGACGUGGUAUAUGAGAAGGAGAUGCUAUACGUCUACUUGCUGAGCACCAUUGGAGGGAUACUACUGCUGCUGAUCAUUUUCCUUGUCCUAUACAAGUUUGGCUUCUUCAAACGGAACCUGAAGGAGAAGAUGGAGGCUGACGGAGGUGCCCUCAAUGGGACCCCUAGAGAAGAUGAUGGGCCUUUCACAGUGUCUGGAGAGAAGGCCACGGAUCUGGACUGUCUAGAGCCUCUCCAUGGGGAAGAGGUUCAGGAUGGAGGACUCAAAGACUGAGGCCCAGGCCUGAUGCACAGAAGGCCUAGAAAGAUGCGUAAGGUCAGUCAGCCUCAGCCUGCACCUCAGUAUGUGUCUUCAGGCAAGUCAUUGCUCCCCCUCAGACUCAGUUUCCCUGUCUUGAGCACAGAGGUCCCUCCUGCCGUGUUCUCUGUAGGCUCAUAGUGAGAAUCUGAUGAGGGAUGGCAAUAAAGCCACAGAGGUGAGGCCUUGGCAGCAUUAGAUGGUGCUGCCUCCCACCAGCCUGCCUUGGUUUUCUCCCCUGGAUGAGAACGUCCAAUCGAAGUUUGGAGAAGCUAUAGUGCAAGAACCUAGUGAUGCUUCACUGCUCCCUUGGCCUCCCUGAAGCUGCCCUCUAAUUCUCUCCUGCCUGGAGUCCAGUCCUGAAUUCUGCUGGGGAGAGUAAGUCCUAUCCAUGUCACUGCACUGGGGCUCUGAAAGCUUUGCCCUUUGGCCUAAGACCAACUUUCUUGCUAAGUCUUCCAAGUCCUGCAAAACUGCAGGUUUCUCUGCCCCUCCUGGAGAUGUCCCACCCCUUCCGGGCUCCAGCAGCACUGGCCUUGCAAACUACCAGCUCCUUCUUUGCUGCAUUCACCACAGUGGCCCCUGACCUUUCCCAGCAUCUUGGCAUUCACACCAUUGUCCACUCCCCAGCUCAGUUGGGUUCAAGCAUUUUCGGACUUGAAGCCUGCACUUGGCCCUUGUCUUCAUGGUUAUGUUUAUACAGUGUUUAAUGAUUUAAUUUCUCUUUCUCAAACAGUGAACUCCAUAAGGAUAAGGAGUUCAUCCCUGUCCUAUUUGCCUUGGGACCCCUGAUGAUAUCACACAGCCAGGCAAUAGGUGCUUGACACAGUUCCACUGAAUGGAUGACUGAGUCCUUGGGAAGAUACAGAAAGUGAGGGCUCUGGUGAGGGCCCUGGUUCUGUAGCCUCUUCCAGGCUCCUUCCCACCCUGCUCAGUCACCCCCAGAGACAGAGUUCAAAAUGGGAAUAAAUCUGUUCACUUAGAGCCCCAGGACCAAGCACAGUGCCUGUACAUACUUAUCCAAUGAUUAUGAAACUCAGUCCAGUUUUGUUUUUGUAUUAAUGCAACAUUCCAGCCUGGCUCAAUUAAAUAAACAUUUCCCUUUCAAUCCUCUUACUAAGGGGGGCCCAAGUA